AUGAAACUUAUCUACGAAACAGAUAUGGAUAUAUUACCAUGGACAUUUAUGUCACGUAAUGUACAUGAUGCAUGUGCUGAAGGUCGUACAAAUGAUAUUGAAGAAAUGUAUCGUGAAGGUGCUGAUCUUAAUGAUUCAGAUGAAUUUGGAAAUACACCAUUAUGGCUUGCUUAUAUUGGUGGUCAUUUAGAUACAGUAUUUGCAUUACUUGAAUUAAAUGUUGAUAUUAAUCGACGUACAGGUUCAAUAUUAGCAUCAGAUUUUCAUCGAGCAUGUGGUUGGGCUGAUGAAGUUUUUAUUGAUAUAUUAUGUAAUUAUAAUGCAAAUUUAAAUCUUACUGAUCGAUUUGGUAAAACACCAUUAAUUUAUGCAAUUGAAUAUCGUACAUUAUUAUCUGAAACAACAGAAGAAGAUCUUAUACAUUUAUUAAUUAGUAAAGGUGCUAAUAUAAAUCAUGUUGAUAUGUCUGGUUUAACACCUUUAUUCUAUGCUAUUUAUCGUGGUAUACCAACAAUUGUAAAAAUUUUAUUAAAUUAUAAUGCAAAUUAUAAAUAUGAAAAUUUUCUUGGUUAUUCACCAUUACGUUAUGCACUUGGUUGUUUAUCAUAUUCAAAUCCAAAUGAAGAAGAUAUUUAUUAUCAACGUUUAAAUAUAGUUGAAAUAUUACUUGAUCAAUUUCAAUUAAAUGAUAUUGAACUUAAAUAUGCUAUUAUUGGUUAUACACCAAAUAUUCCAUAUUUAUUUCCAUUAUUUGAUUUUAUUUUUUAUUGUCGAAUUAAAAAACGUUUUGAUUUAGAAAAUUUAGCAUGGAAAAUAUUUGAAGAAACACAUUGGCCAUGUAAUAUAACAUAUAGUAAUCUUCUUCUAGCACAAAAUAUAUUUGUAUUUAAUCAUAAUAUUAUACAUAUUAUUUAUUUUAUUCAACGAAUGUAUAUUGAAAAUUAUAAACAAUUAAUUAUUUUUUAUUUACAACGUAUUAUUAAAGAUAAAGAAACAAUAAAUCGUUUUUUUUUAUUACUUUAUUGUGCAUUUAUUGAAAUGGGUGGUAAUAGUUUAUAUGUUGAAAUGUUAAAAUAUUUACUUGAAAAUCAACGAAUUUAUUUAUUUAAACAACGUCGAGAUACAAUAAAAACAAUUUUAGUAUUAUGUCAACAAGCACCUAUUCGUCUUUUAGCAUUAUGUCGUCGAAAAAUACGUCAAUAUAUAAAAUCAUCAAUUGAUCGACGAAUUGAAUUUAUUUCUAAUUUACCGAAAAGUCUUCAACAAUAUUUAAUAAUUGAUGAAUUAACAACAUUUAUAAUAUCACCAACAAGUAAACGAUUAUUUUCUUUAAUUGAACAAUCAAUUUCUUAUAUUAAAACACCAAUUAUAAGUUCAAAUUCAACUCUAUCGAAUAAAAGUAAUUCAAUAUCAUCAUUUAAUGAACUCUGUUCGUAG